GAGCCUAAUAAGAAGUGACUGAAAGUGACUGGAAGUGACUGACAAAGAAAUUUUUGGUCGAAUUUUUAAUAUAAAAUCCCUAAAUUCCAUUGUAAUUUCACAAUCAUCAAUUUACAGAAGCAGUGAUGUCACCUAUCGAUUUGGGCAGUUUGAAGGUGUACAAAAAACAAUGAAGAAGAAGAGUCCAAGUGCUGCUACCGGGACUCCUGAGAAGCAGUCAGGCAAAAAGAAAAAGGAAGAAGCUCCGAAGUACCGUGAUUGGGAAAAGGACCGUAGAAACAGACUAAAUGAGGCCUUCAACCAACUUGCAUUGGCCAUUAGUGAUUCUUCUCCCCCAGUGAAAAAGAUUGACAUUGUCACCAAAGCUUGUGAGUGCAUUGAGGAACUGAGGCAGGAAAAUGAGCAAUUUAAAAAGGGCAGUGGUCUUGACCAGAAUUUGUUAGGAAAGGAAACUGCUAAAUACAAGGAACAAAUAGCGGAACUAAGUAGCCGGGUGGAUCGUCUCGUCAGCUAUUUAACUGAAGUCGGUGUUGAGAAACCAAAAUGGGUCUCUCUUCCGCUCACUACCCCAGCACCUCCAGAUCUAGGGAAAAGACCAUUCCAAUAUUCUAAUAAAUUGAAUCCUGCCAAAUUAAAGGAGCUUCUCGAGAUGCCAAAAAAUAAAGCGGCUAAAAGACUACAAAACGCCAAAAGGAGAGCUUUGAAAAAGAAGGCAAUUGCUGUAAAGAACAAGGCAGUUGCGCCAAAAGUCACCAGUCUGAGCCAGCUGCCACCUGGAAUUCUUCUUUUCAAGAGCUGCCCGCCAGAAAACACCCCUAAAGUUGUGAUAGUUCCGCCACCCGCUCCUCCAACAGCCAUCUCAACGCCUUUGAUUUUGCUUCCGCCCCUUCAGCAAAAGACUCAGUUCAUUCUGUCAAAGCCCCCAGUAGACAAGGUCCCCAUAAGAAGUGAAAUCGUGAACAAACCAGCAGUAAAGAAAUCGAAAAAAAAUUUAGUGAACAAGAACAGCAAAGCCAUCAGGCACAGCAUUGAGGCCCUGUGCAAAAAGCAACUUGUUAAGGAAUUGCCUGUCAAAGACAUACCUGUCAAGGAGGCUCAGCAUGUACCUACUAGUCAGCCGGAAGUUAGCAACACGAAGAGUGAUCAGGCUGAGUCAAAACAAUCCAACAAAGCCACUGAGCCAGACAAGGAAAACAUUUUCGUGCCAAUCAUAAGGCCUGCCACCCCAAAGGCUCCGAGCAAAUCGCCUUCCCAAUCUGUUCAGAUUCAACCUGCGCAACCUCAGAAAGAAGUCCCAGUCACGAGUAGCUCCAACUCGCAGCCAAAUCAGUGCCAAGAGGUGCCAAAAUCAAGUGCUGGAGCCGGAGUGUCUGUCCCCGAUUUUUCCCUGCCCACUUUUACAACAGCGCAAGCAAAGCAGACUUUCGCCGGAGACAGUUACCCUGUGACCAGCAGCAGGAGCUACCCUGAAACGCAGACCACGUUCAGCCACCUGAACCAGCCCCCGACGCAUUUCCACGCUCCCCACUUGGCGUCGAGUCAGGCCAAGGAGCAGAGCAAGAGCACCCCCUUCACGCACGAAGCGCCGCCACCGUCAAAUCCUGUAUCCCAGGCCGACACCUUCUCCCACCUGAAGACCCACCUGCCCACCUUCUCCACGUUCGGCGACAUUUCCGGCGCACACUGCAACCAGACGUUCACCACCACCACCACCAGCUCGCACCAGAAGACUCCCUUCAGCUCCGCCAGCGACAUUUUCACCCACCAGCCGCAGAGCAAGAACCUGCCCUUCAGUCAGGGUCAGAGCUUCCCCCCGAAACCCUCCAACCCGACGUUUUCCCACGAGAAACCGCACCAGCAGCAGGCGCAAAAGGUGUCGGCGCAGUUCACCCCCCAGCAGCAGCCUCCUCAGGAGCAGAGACCAUUUUUCUUCGACCCAGCCAGACCUCCCGAGUACAACUCGGGAGAAACGAGCUUCAUUGGGCCCCAACCCCCUAUGGCCACAGUGGUGGAGCAUCCCCCGAAGGACCCUGCCACCAUGUACAACCCCUUCCGCGGAGACGAAAUGUCAGAAGGGGUGCAGCGUUCGGAAAAUCUCAAUAACAGCGCGUACUCAAACGACCUGUUCGCCUCCCUUCACGUUCCCUCCGGCCACCCAGAGUCCAUUUCGCCUACGGCUGCUUUUCUGCACACCUUCCCUCUGGUGUCUGCCGGAAGAAACGAGAACAGCGAGAGGGUGGAGAGUGGCACCAGCAACCUGCUGCAACUCGGCACCCUGGAGGAAGGAGGCCAGCAGAUGGAGCUCAACUCCCUGAUGCCGCAGAUCGAAAAGCAGAGCAAACGUGUCAACAAGAGUUUCUCCGACGAGCUGUACCAAAUGGAGCCUGACUACGACGCGGAAAUCACCUCGAUUAUGUCAUCCGCUCCGAAAAGGCAGAACAAACAGAACCCCUUCCAGCACCAGCAGACCAAGCCACAGCAACCGCAGCAGCAGCAGCAGCAGCAGCUGCAGCUGCAGCCUCCACCGCAACCAAACUUUGGCUACUACCAACAGCAGAAGAGAACCAUCGCCGCGCCCCAGAAGCCGGUCCAGAGAGAGACUAUCCGUACCGGCGAUCAGCCAAACUACAAAAGUCAAAACUACCCUUUUUACUACCAAACUGCAGAUCAAACUCCCACGGCUGCUCCUCUCAAUUUGCCACCUGUGCCGACGACGACCAAUUUCAUGCCGUGGAACAAUAUUGAGCCGCAGCAGCAACAAAGCCGGAGCUUACAUCAGAACUACACCUGCGACAGCAGGCAGACACAGCACCAGUCGAUCCCGCCCCCUCCCCAACAGCAGCAGCAGCAGCAACAACAACAGCAGCAGCAAGGUCAGCAGGUGCAGCAGCAGCAGCAACAAAAGGAAGUCCAGCGGCCUCCAGUCAACUGGAUGACAAGUGACGUACGAACUGAUGACGCUGCCGUCGGCAUUUUGGACUUUGACUGGAGCAGACAGGCGCAGCUGCCGACGCUUGUUGGCGACUUGGCUCUAGGUCCAACACCAAUCACGCCUCGAAAGAAGGAUAAUACCUGCAAAUACACCAGCGUACAAAACUUUCUGUCGGUCAGCCAGCUUGUCGACGUCCCUAAGGAAAAAGCCAAGAGGCGGCUGAUCAACAACAACAAGAAUAACUUGAACCGAAGGACAGAAAGAAAUGCUGCCAAGCAGCCCGCCACCGUCCAGCAGCAGCAGCAACAACAGUUGCAAGUUUGUCCUGACUACCACAGCAUCACCAACUGGCCAGCGCCAAAGCCGUCAUGCAAACCUGUGCCUAGCAGCUACUCAGCCGAAUCUCUGAUUGGCACAUCGCAGCACGACCAAAAUGAUAAAUCUGAGAGAUACAACCAACGAUUCCCGAGAAACUUGAUGCCUACGGAGCAGAAUUCAUUUUUCCCCAGUGAGCAGCAGUUUGACUACCACCAACCCCAGUACGACUGCAGCUCGAUGUACCAACCAAACACCUCUUUUGCCAGCAUAGUCACUUCUUCGAGUUCUACUAACUCGAUUGUGCCAUCCUUCGGGCAAGACUUCAAUCCGUUCACCUCAACGCCUCAGAAAAGCACGUCCAACAACAAACGGCGCAACGACAACUUCUAUCACAUGGACUGCAACCGCAGAUCUAGUCAGCAGUACAACCAACAAAGCCGGACAAACCAGCAAGUCAACGUAACCCCCAGCGCAGGCUCGUCGCUGACCAACUUCAACCUGUGCACGAUUUUCCCUGAAAUCAACAAGCAGCCUGUGAUCGCCCCACCUCUGGCUCCGUUCAUCCCCAGCAAGGGUCAAGUGUCCGACUAUGUCCUUCCCCCACCACCGGCAAGCUUCAACAACCUCCUGGCGCCUGCUCCUCCGCAAGUUUUCCCAGCUCCCAGUUUUCCAGUGCCAAGCAGCAUUCAGUUUGCAUCUCAGCAUGAAAAUUAAUGUGUAUAAACAGUAAAAAUGUGAUAUUUAGCUUAAAUAGAAAGACUUUUAGAAAUGCUUGUCAUUCACGUUUAUUUUUAGACGUAAAAUAAAAAAUAAAUAAAUCAACUGA